UGGAGACACAGGUUGCUAGGUAAAGGGCAUAUAGCACCGAGUGGAGUCAAACACCGUGCAGCCUCAUGCUGGAGUGCAAGUGCAGCCUCGACAGGGAAAAGAACGUACUAGAUUCCAUCCAAUAUCGUAACAAUAGUAUUUCAUCUUGAAGGGGCAGUGUACAGCAAGGCUGUUUGUAUUCGGAGUAACCUGACUCUCUGUUCUGCGCCACUAAACUGCGUUUUAUUUGGACUUUGCACAAAGGAGGAUCUGUCUACUCGCAGGAAGGUGCGCUCGCACAGGGAGGAGAGAACAGCAUCAGGUGGCAUUCAUGAAAUGGACCCGAGCUGAUGCCCGCUAGACCCGGUUCGAGACAUGGCCGGGAGUCCAGAUGUGGGUCCGGCCAAACCUGGCGUGGUCAUGCCGAGGAGUGUUUUUAUUCUGCUGCUGCUGGGCACUAAUGCUGUAUGGGGGGAUUCUAACACUGUUUCAAGUGACUUCCGAUCACAUAACACUACUGGCCCCAACAUUGCCGCCAUUGUGGCCCCCACGGUGACGCUGGGACUCCUGGCCAUCAUCUCUGCGGUAGCGGCCUGGCUGCUUUGCGUGGUGAAAAAGAAACGUCAGACAGAAGGCACGUACAGACCCAGCUCCGAGGAACAGUGCGGCACUCGCAGCGUGGCCGCCACAGACGUGCUGAAGCUACCAAAGGAGGAAAGACUCAUUUGAGCUUGACCUUUGACCCGCCCCCGAAAAUGGCCGUAGGCAUCAAAAAUAAGAUGCAUUUACUUCCGGCCAAGAACAACAUGCAUCCUCAAGCAAAGAGGAUCGUCAGUAUUUUAUCACUAGGGACCAUUUCAUGUUAUAUUGAAUUUUAUGUAGUAAAUCAAUAGCACUCAAACGUCUCAAUUUUCAUGUGGUACAAUAGCGAUUCAACAUUGGUUACACUUUUAUUCUCAAUCAUUCCAUAUUGUAUUAUUUCAAUGAUUCAAUGAUCUGAUCAUUAUGGUUAUGUACAUUUUUUUUAACCCAAUAAAUAUCUGCUUUAUUUGUAUACAAGUUAAUCAAUAUUGGGAAAGUGGAAAGUGUUGUAGCUUUUGAAAUAAUAAAUAAGUCAUUAUUAUUAACCAUUCAUUUUCUAAAACAGAAAAAUUGUGUCCAAAGGUGACCAUAUUUAUGUCAAUUUUUAUGGUUAUUGUGGAAAAAAGCAUUCUUUCAUAUAGGUCAUCUAAUAAUUACUGUACAUGAUCAUAUUAAGUACUGAUUCUCAAACUGUGCAUGCCUGGGCUCCAUUAAGUGGUACUCGGGAAUACUAGAGAUUUAAAAAAAUACAAAUAAAAUUCAAUUAGACAUAGGGGAAAUAUGAAUUCAUCGUUUGAAUACAAUUUGGGUGGAAU